AUGGCUCUCACCCAGCCCGUUUCCCCCCCUGCGCGGCAGCCAUUUGGAGUCAUUGACCCCUCACGGCUGCGUUUUCUGCAGAGCGCGAAAAACCAACAGAAUGAUCCGUCUGCUUUCAACACUCCAAGUGCGAAAAGGGCCAGAGGCACUGGUGAUGAGGACGUCUCCAAAACCGCUCCAGGCUCUGCGGCCAAGUUCGUCUUCGUCGCCCCCCCGAAACCCAGCCUUGCGAAGAACCAGAAGCAUCUCCAAACACCACUCUCUCAAAUCAACAGGGCUUCUUCCCUUCCCAACUCAGCUCCGCUCCGUGCCCCAGCAGGGCGCUCUCCGAAAUCCAAACCCGCUAAGGCCUUCUCCCGCCGCAGUAUCGGCUCAUACACCCGCAUUGAUCCGCUUUCAUUUACCAAAACUCGUGUCGCGUCACGCGCUCCCUUUUCCAUCGCUGAUGCCCUCCAUGGAACCCUCAAUUCGCUCAAUACCAGGGCUCUCAGCACGCACAGCACCAAACCGCAGACACGGACGUUGCAGAGCGCUAAACCCUCACCCCUGGAUACUAAUGUCAAUAUUAAUAUUAUCAACAGCAACAGCAGCAACAGUAGUCGCGUCAACCGCAAUCACCCCAAAGUCUGGGACUUUGAGAUCUACACCGAUACCGAGCAGGAUGAGAUGGCGAAUCUCAUGGAACACUCAACAUGCGUGCUGGAUAUUAGUGACGAUGAGGAUAAACUGCGAAAUGUAGACGAUCGCGGGAAGGAAAAUAUUCCGCCUCCGCCCCUGGACUUUGCGGGGGAGCAGGAUGCGGCUGUUGAUGACGCAGGGGUGACAGUCGCUCCUUCUGCUGCUGCGGCUGCUGCUGCUGCUUCUCUUUCUGGCGCCGCCGCCGCCACCGUAGAUGGCGUGGAGGGGCGGAAUGUGGAAAUGACGGAUGAACCGCGUCCGCGCUCAGCGCUGGGCGAGCUGGAUGUUACGCGGUUCGUGGCUGUGUCUGAGGAAACAGAUGAGGAAGAGCAGGACGGAAAUGGAAGUGAGAAUGCAUGCGUACUCAACACUAUCGACCCAGCAGCGAUCCCCCUCCCACCACCAACCGGCCAGGAAGAAAAUUGUCAAUUUCAAGACGAGAAACUCUCAGAGUCGGAUCCAGAGUCGCAAUCUCAACGCCUUCCCCCAUCAGCUCAUAACUCCUCCCCCCACAGCCCCUACCCUCAUCACCAUCAUCACCAACAACCUCAACCAAAACCAGGCAAUCCCACUCUAGCCAGCCACGCCGCCAUCUCCGCAUUGAUAUCCAGUACGGCUCCACAAAUGCCUUCCACCAGCACCGCCAAAAACCUCACUCCUACCUGUUCUCUUGCAUCGUCGUCGUCGUUACCCACCAACAACGAGAUAGAGAUAGAGAUUUGGGAGAGCGGGAGUGCGGCGGAUGAAGCUGAGGCGGAGGCUAAAGGAGAUGGAGUGAUGGAGUGA